AAAAAAAAAGGCCAGUAAGGACGAUGUGUAAACACUACGUUUGUGUCUGUGGUUUCUUUCUGUUUUCUAUCUUCCACAUGAAUUAUUCACGAGUUGUUAGAGAAAAUGACAAGAAUUUGCCAAGCGGAGCCUGUUAUCUGGCCCAUCAUCUUUAAUUGAUUUUGUCGAGAAGAAUCCGAUCAAGUACUUUUACAUAUUUACUCAGGAAGUCCCUUGCUGCUCUUUUUAUCAGUCGGUUGGGGAAAUCUUUACUCAAUAGCUUCUUACAAGAGACGCGAUCGAAAAAUUUCGUCAUCAAGGUACAAGCAAAUCUUUGCUAAACGUAUGUGAAAAUCUUUCUUUCUGAUUAGGUCACAUCAUGCGCAGCUUUGUAAUUGGCAGGGUGGGAUGUGCAGCUUUGUAAUUGGCAGGGGUGGGAUUUGAAUGAAUGUUCGUCCGUUACUACCUGUACUCUCUAAUGUAAUCAAAGAUUCACCGUCACCGUGUCUCAAUAUGCAGACUGACCAACUAAACUACAGAUAAUAACUCAUAUGCGAAGUAAUUCAAUAGCAUUAGGAUGAGGAUAUUUGUACUGGGCCGUCCGGGGUGCGGUAAAUCGGACCUGAUAACCGCCAUGUUUGAACUGACUGACCACGACAACCGAAGCCGAUGUGACAAUGGAGUGACUAUUCAUACGCUGAACUCGUACACAAUGGCGGACACCACGGAGGAAGCCGCAACAAAUUCGGAUCAGAUUGAGAUUUGGGAAUGGUCCGGGAAGAAGAUUUUUCAAGGAAUUCGGAGUUUCUUUUUCUGCAGAGGUUCGUUAUUUCUCCUCUGCCUUUCUACAGAGGACGCAUUUGCUGUCGCGGAUUUCAUGCAGACUUGGCAGGAUAUCCACUGCACAAUAUCGAAUCCAAAUAUUAUCAUCGUUUUCACGCACUGUGAUUGUCAGAAUGAAAUGACUCAUAAUAUUAAAAGAACGAAAUCCGAAUUGGUGAUGUAUAUACAGAAAACACGGGAAGUGUACUCCGGAUCAAAGAAACAUGGAAGCACUGAUCUAUACGGCAGUUUGAGGAACCUUGAGAAGGCCCUGGUUGUGGAUACGCCGUGCGCGGUGCCUCUGCAUUACGUUGGCCUCCGUCAUAGACAGGGAAUUCAUAAUCUGAAAAUGGCUGUGAAGAAACGAGUAGAAUGUGAAACUAAACAAAACUUACUUCUACUCACAAACCAUGAUUCGACAAUCGUAAGAUCACGUGACAUCAAAACAUCGAAGAAAAUUUUAAUGAAAGAAAAUGAGUUUUUGAAGAAGAUGGGCGUGUGUUCAAGAAACGAAGAAUUGAUUGUCGCCCUGCAAUCAAAGAACAUUCUCCUCCGGCUGUUUACUACAAACGAAGAGCCCUAUAUCUGCACAAAUCCAGUUAAACUGGCCCAGAUGCUAGUAUCGGUGCUUGUGCUGAACCAGACCAAGGUCUAUCAGUUUGAUUCGCAAAAGUUUUGGGGGAAAGACGUCACUAAACGCCCAGAUCCGGGGAUUUUGGUAAAUGUUUUAGAGGAAGUCGCGAGGCAGGGCGUUUUAAGAGAAAGUCUUAUUCCUUUACUUUGGCAGGAUAUUACUGGAGAGGAAGGUGAAGUAGUGAAUUAUAUAGAGUUCCUUGGACAACUUGGAAUCAUGUCAGAAUGUGCUGUCACGAAGACAGGCAAUUCCGCAAUUGUUUUGGACAGAUUUCCGCGCCUACAGAGCGAUAGAACCUUCUAUGUCAAUCCUGUGGACCUUAUCCCAAAUAAAAGACCGACACUAAGGUGGACGCAUUUACCUGCAGCUGAUGACGUCGAAGUCACGGUGCGCUUUUCCUUUCGGUGUGAUUUGCCUUCGGGGUUUAAGCAUUUAAUAAUUGGUAGCUGCAAAAACGUCAAUCAAAGAGAAUUGCUAUAUAACUGGACAUGGAGCGACGGGAUUUUAAUAGAAUUUCCAAAGGUCACAACUCGCAUCGACUUUACUCUGGACGCAAUUGAUGUGAGUGGAAGAACAAUCGCAUUGGACCACAAGUCGGAACAGGAAGCAAUUAGCGCUAUAUGGAGUGCUUUAUCGUAUUCACUUACGGCUGUUGAGAACAUCAAAAGGAAUUGGAAGAAUUUAGAUUUUGAGAGGAGUGUUAGAGUGACGGAUAAUUCCGGACCAUUGCAUGGAUCACUGUCUACAAACCGAAGUGAUUUCAUACCCGUGAAUCAAGUGUUCAACAACUUCUCUGGACUUCAAAAACUCCCGAUUCCAUUGCAAGACCUUCCUCCGGGUUGCGAUUAUUUUGGAUAUGUGAAACAUCUUUUUGUCCAAAACGAAAGGCGGAAACGUGAGAACGAAUCCCUACCCCAAAGAACCCAUGAAAGAAAAACUACUUUGAAACCGAACUUGAUAAGAAAAUGCACCACAAAGAGGAGACAAAUUACGUGGAUUCUACGUACCGCUCCUCGGAGUAAUCCUCAAAACAAGAAAAUGACAUCAGCGGAAAGCGUCUCAGGUUCACAAAAGGAAUUCAAAAACUCAAAAACAAAGGAAGAACCUACACCAUUGACGACUUUAAAAGAUCAUGAGGAUAUAGUGAUAUUGGAUCUUGUUAAUGAAUUUGUGCAGGAAAUCCUGAGAAAAGGAAUAGCUAAAUACCACGAGGAUAUGAAACAUUCCGGGGAAACUAAAGUUAAGUGGUCAAUUACAUCCAUGACGUCAUUUCACGCUACGAAUGAGAAUACUGUCGUACCCAGUGAUAUGGAGAUCGGUACCAAAACAGCAAGAGACCGGACAACGGAUAAAAACGGAUGUGUGCCUUCCAGCAAAUUCUGUGAAAUUCUCUGAGUGCCACGUUUUACAGUUCAUGUCUUGUAAGCCAUUACAUCACAAUUCAUGUUUCGAAUGGAAGCAAAACAACCCCAGAGAUCUUCUGCUCCGUUGUUUCUUGAUAAGAAUAAACUCCAUAAAAGAAGAGACAGCAGCAGUUUUAAGAUUUAAUCCUUAUCAAUUGGAAUGCUAAAAGUCUACACGGAUACUACUCUGCAGUAGCGAAAACAACAUAUACAAUCAUGAAAUGUGGAAUAGCUCAGAGCAAAUAUCCAUUACACUCUCGAUUGCCAGAGUUGCGGUCUACGUUACCCUCCACCCAAUCUUUGAAUUAGCCCUAUCAACGUGUAAUAAAAUAAACCAAACAGCAAUAUUCAUUGCACAAGAUGGAGACAUAAUCAAAAUCGGUGUUAUAUUAACAGUAAACAACACUCAUAUUUUAUUCAUUUUUUUAUUUAUAUGACGUCAUUGCCUAUCAUCCCAUGUUACAUAAAUAUGCGAUGAAAUUGAAA